GUCAUUUUGCAUUCAGCAAAUCCAGGAACCGCCUCCCCUCCCUCCGCUGCUGCUCCCGCCCCGCGCUGCUGGCUCCCUCUCACGCGCAGCUUGUCCGGUAGGAUGGGACCAGCAGCUAGAGAUCGGUGCAUGCCUGACCGCUAGUCUACUUCCUGGAUGGAAGAAUGGGACCACUUUUCUUCGCAUUGUGCAUUCCCCUUCGUCACGCUGCCGCCGCGGAUAAUCACUUCCCAAUGAGCACGUGUAAUCAAUGAUAGUCGACCACUUUUUCCCUCUGUAGUUAAAGGCAGCGAUUGAUCGCCGAUUGACCCCUGCACACUUCGGGAAUGUCGCUAUCUGGAAGCCCGCUACAGGCACGGCGGAGUCCAACAGAUCCUCAACUGUUUUUGCACGGCUGUAGUGUGCGUAACGUGCUUUUCCUCGAAGCUGGAAAGAGCCCCAGCUCGGUCUGGGGGCGAAUAAAUCUCUCUUUUUGAAAAACACAGACUCUGUCUGUUGCCUCACAAACCCGCUAACCGCUUUUACUUUGAUGCUCUCUGCCUUCGUGGCUGCGGUGCCAACUUGGUUCUCAGCUUGGCUCGUGUGUAUGUGAUUUUUUUUAAAGAGAAAAAGACUCAAAAACUUUGUCACCCGUUGCCUUCUUGUUACUCUCGAUGAGUAGUCUAACAUGCGGACAAUACGGGAACCGAGUUACUGGUGGAUUUUAUCCUUAAUGUUUUUAACCUUGCCCAAACACAAAGACUGUCAUCCCGUUGCAUCGGCUGGCCAACCUCACCAUGCUGGAGACGGGCACCAUGGGAGCGCCAGCAUAAUGAGGCAAAGGAGGGCAGCAGGUGACCCCUACUGGUCCUAUUCAGGGAGCCAUGGACCUCGAGGCUGGGCGGCUUCAUACCCAGAAUGUGGAGCGAAGAACCAAUCACCUGUGAACAUUGCCAACGAACAAGCUCUGGUUUCGGAGGAGUAUCAGGAGCUGGUGCUUGAGAAGUUUAACGCUGAGUCCUCCAACCAGACCACCAUGAAAAACACUGGAAAGACAGUUGCUGUUCUCCUGAAGGAUGACUACUUUGUAAGAGGUGCUGGACUGCCCGGGCGUUUUAAGGCUGAGAAGAUGGAGUUUCACUGGGGCCAGAGUAAUGGAUCAGCAGGCUCAGAACACAGCAUAAAUGGCAGACGGUUCCCUGUGGAGAUGCAGAUCUACCUUUACAACUCGGAUGACUUUGACAGCCUCAGCGCUGCCAUCAAGGAGAGACGCAUCAUUGCUGCCAUGGCCGUCUUCUUUGAGCUGGGGCAAAAAGACAAUCCUGCUGUGGAGCCCAUCAUCCAGGGAUUGAAAGGAGUGGUGCAUCAUGAAAAGGAGACCCACCUCCGCUCGUUCAUCCUCAGAGACCUGCUGCCAUCGUCUGUGGACAGUUAUUACAGAUACACAGGCUCUCUGACCACCCCGCCCUGCAGCAAGGUAGUGGAGUGGAUCAUCUUCUCCAGGCCAGUGUAUCUGUCCUACUCACAGCUGGAGUUCUUUUACCACAUCUUCACAACAGAGCAACAGGACCACGUCAAGUCUGUGGACUACCUGAGGAACAACUUCCGGCACCUGCAGAAUCUGGACACUAGAAAAGUUUAUAAGUCUGCUGUAAAAGACGCAUGGCAGAGAGAUUUGACUGCGAUCCUGGAAAGCCCUCACGGCACUGAGGCAUCAAGAGUGUGCAGCAGUGCCCCAGUGAGCAUGAAGAUCAAACCCCUGAACCAGACGGCAUUGAUGGUGAGCUGGGAACGGCCUCUGACUGUCUACCACCCCCCUAUCACCAGCUACAUGGUCUCCUACAGCUGGGUGAAACGGGAUGUCGCUGAUGAAAAGACCUUUACCAAGACCGGAGACCAGAGCAUGAAAGCAGUCAUCACUAAUGUGUCUCCUGAAGUCCUCUACCUGUUCAGAGUGCAGGCCGUAUGUCAUCACGACCUUCGCAGUGAUUUCAGUCAAACCCUGCUGUUCAGAGCAAAUACAACUAGAAUAUUUGAAGGAUCUCGCAUCGUGAAGACUGGGAUGCCCACCAUUUCUCCAGCGUCCUCAGCCGACAUGGCUCCCAUUAGCUCCGGUUCCUCCACUUGGACGUCCUCUGGCAUCCACUUCUCCAUUGUCUCUAUGGCAACAGGCAUGGGUCCCUCCUCUAGUGGCAGCCAGGCCACCGUAGCAUCAGUGGUGACUAGCACCUUGCUGGCCGGCCUGGGUGUGAGCGGAGGGGUCCUCUCCUCGCUGCCCAGCUCGGCCUGGCCCACGCAGGCGCCUCAAGCCACACAGAACCCCACCCGCUCAUCCGCCUCACCUGAGAAGUCUAGCACUGAGCAGGCGGCGCCUCAGGCCACAGAGACGGACGCCCCAGCUGAGGAAAGCCAGGCCAAACGUGAAGGCGAGGGCGAGGAGAAGGAGGAGGAGGGAGAGGGAGAGCAGGAGGAGGGAGAGGAGGAGAAGAAGAAAAAGAAUAAGACUACACCUGAUAAUGAGGAAAAGCAGGCAAACAGCACUGUGGCCAAAGAGCCUUUUAUCCCCACCCCUGCUUCCACAGCCAAAGAGAAAGGAGAGGGGAACUCUACGGUCAGAGGCAGCACAGCGCCUGCAAGCACAGCAGACGACCAGUUAGUGAACGUAGAGAAUAAUCAAACCGAUGUGAACGUAGUCUCCACACAGGAGCCACGAAAUGACAGCGCAGAGAUGCAGAUUCCCCAGAGCUCCACACUUUCUCCUAAGAUGAACAGGGACGGGAACAGUCUCUGGCCUUUCGUUGUCCACACUGACGGGACCGUCUUGUCCAAUGUAACCCGGAGUCCACUCCCAGGGAUGGGCCGCAUGGUGUGGAUCGUCCCCCUGGUGGUGGUGUCUGCUCUCACGCUACUCUGCCUCAUCAUGCUGCUGAUUGUGAUGGUCUACUGGAGGAGAUUUUUCCAGACAGCUCACUUCUAUGUGGAGGAGAGCAGCUCUCCACGAGUGGUGGCCAAUGAGAAUAUACCAGUCAUCCCUAUACCAGAUGACAUGGAGGCCAUCCCAGUGAAGCACUUUGUAAAACACAUCAUGGAGCUCUACAAGAACAACCUGCAGGGUUUUUCUGAAGAGUUUGAGGAGGUCCAACGCUCCACAGCAGACCUGAAAAUCACCGCAGAACAUUCCAAUCAUCCUGACAACAAGCACAAAAACAGAUACAUUAACAUCGUGGCCUAUGACCACAGCAGGGUGAAACUACGAGCUCUGGCAGGGAAGGACGCCAAACAUUCAGACUACAUUAAUGCCAACUAUGUGGAUGGCUACAACUGUCCCAGAGCAUACAUAGCUGCUCAGGGUCCUCUCAAGUCCACGUUCGAGGACUUCUGGAGGAUGGUGUGGGAGCAGAACACUGGAAUCAUCGUCAUGAUCACAAACCUGGUGGAGAAAGGAAGAAGAAAAUGUGACCAGUACUGGCCCAUGGAGAACAGCGAGCAGUAUGGGAACAUUGUGGUCACGCUGAAAAGCACCAAAGUGCACGCUUGCUACACACUACGGCGGUUCCUUAUAAGGAACACUAAAGUUAAGAAGGGUCAGAAGGGGAACCCGAAAGGAAAGAUAAAUGAGCGCAUCGUGGUGCAGUUUCACUACACUCAGUGGCCUGACAUGGGAGUCCCAGAGUACACCCUCCCUGUCCUCACCUUCAUCAAACGCUCCUCAACAGCUCGCACUGCAGACAUGGGCCCCGUCCUGGUGCACUGCAGUGCCGGGGUCGGGCGCACAGGAACUUACAUCGUCAUUGACAGCAUGCUGCAACAGAUCAAGGACAAAAGCACAGUUAGCGUCCUGGAUUUUCUCAAACACAUCCGCACACAACGCAACUACCUAGUUCAGACCGAGGAGCAGUAUGUUUUCAUCCACGAUGCUCUGAUGGAGGACAUCCUGAGCAGAGAGACGGAGGUGCCCGCCUGGCAGCUGCACAGUUACGUCAACAGCAUCCUCACACCCAAUUCUGUUGGCCGCACCAACCUGGAGAAGCAGUUCAGGCUGCUGAGUCAGUGUAACACUCGCUUUGUGGAGUGUUUCAGUGCCCACAAAGACAGCAACAAGGAGAAGAACCGCAAUUCCUCAGUGGUUCCCUCGGAGCGAGCGCGGGUCGGACUCACCACUCUGCCUGGGAUGAAGGGGACAGAUUACAUUAAUGCAUCCUACAUAAUGGGUUACUUCAGGAGUAAUGAGUUCAUCAUUACCCAGCAUCCUUUGCCCCACACCACCACAGACUUCUGGCGGAUGAUCUGGGACCAUAACGCUCAGAUCAUUGUCAUGUUGCCUGACAACCAGGGACUGGCUGAGGAUGAGUUUGUUUACUGGCCAAGUCGGGAAGAGGCCAUGAACUGCAUCGCAUUCACCGUCACCCUCAUCAGCAAGGACAGACUGUGCCUCUCCAACGAGGAGCAGAUCAUCAUCCACGACUUCAUCCUAGAGGCCACACAGGACGACUACGUUCUGGAGGUGAGACAUUUUCAGUGCCCUAAAUGGCCCAAUCCUGACGCUCCACUCAGCAGCGCCUUCGAGCUCAUCAGCGUCAUCAAGGAGGAGGCCAUGACCAGAGACGGCCCCACCAUUGUGCACGAUGAGUAUGGAGCCGUGUCAGCCGGCAUGCUCUGUGCGCUCACCACUCUGUCCCAGCAGCUGGAGAACGAGGGCGUCGUCGACAUCUACCAGGUGGCGAAGAUGAUCAAUCUCAUGAGGCCGGGUGUCUUCACUGAUAUAGAGCAGUACCAGUACCUUUACAAAGCCAUGCUCAGCCUGGUCAGUAACAGAGAGUGCGGCCUGAGCCCCAUGCACAUGGACACUAACGGGGUGGUGGUGAUCGCAGAUGAGUCGGACCCUGCAGAGAGCAUGGAGUCGCUCGUCUGAGGACUUUCUCACAGGCACUUAAUUUGUAAAAAAAAAAACUCGAGAAACUUUUCUGAGGCCUUUUUUGCCAGACUAUUGAUUAAAUGAAUAACCUUAUUACUUUUAUACUGAUAAACGUUUUUUGAUAUUUAUGUUUUUGUCCUUUAUUUUCUUGUCUUAUUUGUUAUCCUGCUGAGCGUUUGCACCUGUUUUAAGUUGACGUGAGGAAAAAGCAGCUCUGUCCAGUUUGCACUAUACUAUCAGUGUUACUGCCUAAAUCCAGUGAGUGAAAAAAAAACCCCCCGGCUUCACAAAACAACCGGGAUCUAACGGACCGCACUGAGACAAACCCUGAAGCAUGAAGACCAGGGAGGAGUUCAGGCGAUCCACCUCUAAUUACGUGUCAAACAGAAUAUCACAUCACGACGUAGCCCAGCAUGCAUUGAGUCACUCUGUCACCUCAAACUGUUUUGAGGCUCCGCCCACAUGGGUGAAGCCCUUAAUCACGUUAAGAGAUGAUUACCUGCCUAUUAUUGUCAUUUAAUGUCCAAAUAUCUCACUGCUGUCUUGUACAAUGUACUUAAUGCUUAUUUUGUUUUAUGUACUACAACAUCUAAUGUGAACCUUUAUUGCUUUUUACAGGGAUUUAUAUUGUUAUAUUGUUUUGUAAUAUAUACAUAUAUAUAUAUUAUACUGUGUAUCCUUCAUAGUCAGCCAAUGUUUUUGUUCUUUAGUAUUUCGCCUCUUUGUCCACAGGCCAUGGUGAAGAUUAUUUUUUAUUCUGUGUCUUUUCAUGAUUCAUCGAUGAGCUCCACUCUUUCACCAUUUUUCCAGCUUUUUUAACCUCGGAGCUCAGCUGUUAACACAUGUAAUGGGUCUAUCUGAAUGACACUUGACAAUGUCUACAAGAGAUAUUCACUCCAUGCAAACCUCCUGUUAUAUAUAUUUAUUUACAUUUUGAAAUCACAGUGGAUGUAAUUAUGAUUUAUUUUUGGACACAUCAAUAAAGAAACUUUUAAUUUGACAGUCUACACAAAUUAAAUUAAUUUCAAGUAGACCUUAAAACUGAUUGCACAAGUAUUUACUCGCUUUGAGACCAUUUUAAGUGAUAAAACACCUUUGGCAUCCAGCAUUGUUAUUCCAGGUGGGAAGCUUUGCACACCCAGAGAGGUUUGCAGUAUUUCUAAGUUGCUUUAUUAGAGUUUAAUGAGGACUGGCAGUAGAAAACAAAGUCUUGCCGCCUAUUUAGUCCUAUGUCCACUCCAGGACAUUAAAAGUCUACUUUUAAAGAUAGUCCUCUGCAGCUCAGGCUUUACUCUAAAUUCAGAGGAACCAGCCUCCUCCGAGGAAGAAUUUUAGGAUGAUAUGACCAUAACACUUUCAGCUAUAUCACAGAUUCUCCUUACAUGACUUCCUUUUCCCACCAGAGGCUUGUUCUUUGCAGCUGGUUAAACGUCUCCAAUCUAAGCCAUGACACCCUGCAGCUUCUUCAGAACUCCCUCAGCCUCUCUUUGGUCUCACCCUCGCUCUCGCCCUCCCUCUGAACGCUCACAGUUUCUGAGCAUGAGUUGCUCCAGGCAGGUUUUAGAACUGUACUAUACCCUUUCAAAGUUUAGUAUGAUACAAGGGAUAUCUAGUGCCUUGGAAAUGUUCUCAUCUUCUCCCUAUGAUCAAUACGAUUCUUGCCAAGAAUAUUAAUUUAUAUUUAUAUUUACUCAAAACCUGGAGUCCAGGCGUGAUCUCCGUCCAACUCAUUGAGCUACUUUCAGAACUGAUAUUAACGUGUUAUAUUAAAAUGAUGAAUACUAGUGCAAUCAGUGUCUCUUUCUUCUCUAUUUGCUACUCUUAUCCGCUUUUAUUUUCACUAUAAAUACUCUUGUUGAUCACUAUAAAACUGUAUCUUAAAUACAUCCACUGUGAGUCAGAGUUGUAAAUGACUAAGACCUGAAGGAAUCCAAAAGAGUUGAAUACUUCCUGUAGAUGCUGUACUUUCUUUUUGGGGUGUUGAUGCUUUAUUUGUAACCAAAGAUGUGGUUCCAGUUUGUAACAUGUCAGUGGUUCUUGUCCUGAAAAAAAUAUUUAAUCACCUAGAGUUUUACAACGGUGUAAAAUCCGUACAGAUUGCCAGUGACGGCAUGUUUCUGAUUUAACCUCAGGAUAAAAUAUGCGAGUACACAAGGCUUUCCUCACCAUAGAAAAUAGGAUUCAAAUUGCAGACUGCAAAAUGUGUUUUAUUUUGGCCAAUGGUCUGUUUCAGUACUAUUUUAUGGCUAUCAAUUAUAAGCCCUUUCCAAACAUCUUUUAUUUUCCUGAUUGAUUUUUGUGUGUCCUGAAACUUAAUUUCUCUGUCGCCUCUCUGACAGAGGGGAGUUCGCUGACUUCAGAGAAAACUCUCCAACAUUUGGAGAAAAGUCCAGAUUUCUGAUCACUCUGUUCUGCAACUUAACCCUUUUUAGGAACAUUUGUUUUUCUUUUGAAUGAAUGCAAGUGAUCUCUGUUUGAUAUUUCUAUGCUCAGUGAAAACACGAGUGCUGUCGCUGAACACAUGAACUUCAAAAACAAAAUGGCUUUUGACUUUAAUGUAACCUUUGUGAUCACAGAAGUGUAUAUUUUUUAUACAAAGAUUUGGUUUGUAUAGUGCCCCUGAAACAGAUUGUAAUUUUUUGUGUGGGAAAUGUAUUACCAAGAUACCCACAAAAAAUCCCCCUUAGUUGUAACCGCACCUGUGGGGACCAUACUGUCAUUGAAACAAGAUUUACCUGAAAUUAGCUCUUUGGUCCAGGGAUCCAGUAUGUCAGCCUUAGUGCAUUUCAGCCAGGUUGGUAGUUCAGUCUAUUUUGUAACUUAAAUAAAUGAAGAAAUGGUUUUGUCCAUCAUAUCAUGUUUAUAUGAUAGUAUCAUAGCCAUGUAUCCUAUGAUGCUGUCAUAUACAAUAUCUCUAGUGUAAUAGUGUUAUUUAAUAGGUAAUUGUAUUGAUAUAUAUUAAAUAAAGUUUGGGUUUGGGUGCACAGCAUCCUUGUAUUA